AUGUUUGCCUUGCGCAGCCAAUCUCUAAGUGCCUGCCGGGCCUGGUGCGUCGGCGGAUGCCGCCGAGCCGCUACUUCUGCUGCCGCUGCGGGGGAUGGACUUGAUGCGGCCAGAGCGAAGUCCUCUUGGACACAGGACGACUUUCCACAGCUGUUGCUGGACGACCAGAUUGGUGCAAAUGGCCAGCAUCGUGCACUCUCUUCUUGGGCUGGUUUGCGCUCGGCGACCAGCACUGCUUUGCACAGAGGCAAGUUGGACCGCUAUCUUUGGUGGCGCCACGCGGCGGACGCCCGGCGGAGGCUGAGCCCUCAUCUUCCGAUCCGCGAGGCCGAGGCCGAGGCCGCGACGGAGGUGGUGCUGAACUGCGCCAAGGCGGGGGUGGACUCACCCGUCUAUGCCGCAUGGGUCAGGGCGGUCUCUUCCCCUUCAUCGACUUUCUCUGUGGCAACGGUAGCCCGCGCAGCGCAGCUCCUCAGCCGACGGCAGCUGAAGGUCCACGCAAGGUUCUGGCGCGAUGGCUUUCCACAGCUCUUACAGCGCGAGCCCGGCUCGCUUGACUUCAAGGCCCUCGCUGAGGUCUUGAUGGCCUAUGCACUGCGUGGCCAGCGCUGCGACCACUGCGUCGGAACAGAGGAGGUCCUCCGGCUCCUGGAACCUCAACUCCACCGACCGCCGACGUCGCACCCCAGCGCCGACGCCGCAGCACGUGCCCUUGUGGCACUGCGGCGGCUGGGGCGCGGAGGGGUGCGGAGCUUCCAAAGGCUAUGGCCAUACCUCGAGGGUCGUUUGGGCGAACUGGAGCCGCUCCUGCUUUGCGGCCUCGCCUUCUCCAUGGCACGAGCGUUCUCCGGUUGCGGUGAGGAACCGUGUGCACGCGCGGCAGAGCUGGUGCGGAUCUUGAGCCGGCGGAAAGUGCUGAAGAACAUCGAGCUGCUUUGCCGAGCGUCUGGGGCCUUGGCCAAGGCGGGUUUGCUGAGGCCCUCAGACUUGUGGCCGGUGGUCGAGGUGGCCGGGCCUCGGCUCGCUGAUUUGAGCAUGCAGGCGCAGGCAGAACUCUUGAAAGCUGCCGUAGUCUUAGAGGUCCAGGACCAGCCCUUGCUCUCGGCCUUGCUGUGGCGCCUGGACGCUCAGGCUUCGGAGGCACCAGAACUCGAGAUGGAGACGAGCAUUGACAGCCUCCGAGCGGAUGAGCUGGGGCCCAUCGGCGAGCCUUCCGCCUGGUUUCAAAGCAUGGUGGCUCAUUGUGAAUCACAAGCAACUCUCGGUUUGCCGCUGAAGUCCUACACCCUGUCUGAGCUUGAAGAGAUCCCUUCGGUCUGGGCUGCCCGCUACCUGGCCGCGAGAGGAGAGCCGAUGCCUCUGGUCUCAAAGGCCUUGCAAGGUCAAAGAUGCGUCCUUUUGGAGGCUGCGGAUGCAGAGGAGAUCCUGAGGCUGCUUCCACUUCUUCCAGACUUGGCGGAUGCCGCGCUCAUCCGUUUCUUGAUGGAGACGGUCGAAGCUGCAUGCUCAGAUGGACGGCUCUCGCUGGAACAAGGCACCAGCAGUGUCCUCUCCCUGGUGCUGAGCGAUGUCGGACCUCCAGAGAUGCUUUGGGAUCGUCUCACUUUGGAUGUCACUGUGCUGCCCUGCUCUUCACUGCUACAGCUUGCUUUGGCCGCUCUGCUGGAGGCCACUUCAAGAGGCUCAGGUGACCUGAAUUUGUCUCGCCUGGACAAGCUGCUCAGCACCGCGAUAGUGCUCAAAGGACCUCCAGGCCCUUCCAGUCUCGAGAUGCUCCUCUUACGGCUAUUGGAGGCCAUCUAUGACCAGCAGGGCCAAGCUUGGCCCAUGCGUCAGGCUGCGGGCUUGGGUCACGUGAGUCCUCUCGUUCGCCCCCCUCAACACCACCUCGUCGCAGCAGAGGCCUCAGUUCGGACCAGUGCUUGGGUGGCAUUGCUACUCUUGGAGCAGGAAGAAGGUCGUGCUGACCCAAUACCUCAGCUGUUGCCUUCGCGCCAGCGGCUGAAAGCCAUCCUGCAAAAAGCGGUCAGACCGUAG